CACUGCUCCACGUGUCGGGAUUUGACGGUUAGAAGAAGCGUCGAAGGGCACUCCGCGCGACACCGUGAUCGGCCAGCUAAUCGGCGAACCGGCAGAAAAGUCGCAGCCCGCACACCUCGUCUCCCUUUCCUCGUGUCCCUGUAGCUUUCGUGGCUUCAGGCCCAACAGCGGAUGAGCAUCAUGAAGGCGAUUCUCGUAUUGGUGUUAUUCGGCCUGAGUAUGUGUUUGGCCAAUCCUCUGAAGGAGGAGAAGAAAGAGAAGAUAAGCGUCGCCGAGCAGCAGUCCGUGACGAUAACAGACCGAGCCAAGUACGAGGAGGAACUUCUUCGCAAGCUCAACUCGAAAUGCUCCCAGAACGACAUCAGCAGUUGUGUGAUGUUAAAACUGGUGACGUAUAUGAACAAACUGUUGAAGAAGGCCUCGAUCGAGCUCACAGACGACAUCGAGAUCAAGAAGACGAGCCAAACGUCAGAGGAUGUGAUCACGUUCGAGGCUGGCAGGAGCAAGGACGAUGAGACUCAGGUCCUUGAUCUCGUCGCGAACAAAAUUUACGCCUUCGUCAAAUCGAGAAGCAUCAAGUGGCGAAUUCUACCCGAGGACGACAUCGUCGUGUCUGCGUCGGAGGAUGAGACCGGUUCGUUAAAUCUGGGUCUGUCGAUUGAGCGCUCCGAUAAGCCUCUUCAAGAUGGCCGCGGAAAGAAGAACAACAUGAGCAUGAUGGUCGCCGCGGCUGCCUUGAAAAUCGGCCUCAUUGGCGGUCUCGCGUUCAAAGCGCUCGCCCUCCUGGUCGGCAAGGCUCUUCUACUAUCGAAGAUCGCCCUUCUGCUGGCCGGUAUCAUAGGCCUGAAGAAACUCUUCUCGCAAGGGAAGCACGUGACUUACGAGGUCGUGGCGCAUCCUCAUCACGGGGGCGGGGGCGGGGGCGGCCACGAACACGGUCACGAUAGUUACUCCAGCGGAUGGGCAAGGAGUUUCCGCGAGGAAGCGGUUGCUGGUCAGCCGGACGCCCACGAGCUGGCCUAUUCGGCGCAUAUGAAGUAA